AUAAAAAAAAUUGACCGCCAUCUAUUAUGCUUUUGCAAAUUGUUGCUUAUAUAAACACAAUACUGUAAAACCGGUGGGAGCGUUUAUCUCAGAGAAAAAGGACGCGAGUUCGAAUCGAAUCAAUUGGAAUUUUGACAGACUGAGAGAAAGAAUGCAAGGAUCUGACGGGCCUAGUUGGGAUGGUCUUCUCAAAUGGAGUCUUUCUCAUGCCGAUGGCACCUCUUCCUCUCGUCAGUUAAGCUUCCUAUUUGGGCUCAUAGAAAGCAGCUUCAGCUUCUUUCUUAUAUAUGUUGGCUUUUGCUCCUAGUUCCCAUUCGGAGCAGUGAAGAAGAUCGAAGAUGGUUUAUGGAAGCUAUACAAGCACAAACAGUAGAUGUGGUUAAGCGGAUGAAAGAGAUCACUGCCAUUAUGCAAAUACCUCAGGAAGUUUUGGAGGCACAAGGUGUCACAAUUGCAGAUUUGGAAGGAGUUUUGGAGGAGCUUCAGGAGCAUGUUGAAUCUAUUGACAUGGCUAAUGAUCUACAUACAAUUGGAGGGCUGACUCCUCUUCUUGGGCACCUAAAGAAUCCUCAUGCAUCAAUUAGAGCAAGAGCUGCAGAGGUUGUGACUACCAUCGUGCAGAAUAAUCCAAAAUGCCAACAACUUGUGAUGGAUGCAAAUGGUUUGGAGUUGCUGCUAUCCAACUUUGUAUCUGAUUCUGAUGUAACUGUCCGGACCAAAGCACUGGGUGCAAUCUCUUCUUUAAUUCGGCACAACAAGCCAGCUAUAGUUGCUUUUCGCCUGGCCAAUGGAUAUGCAGCACUGAGGGAUGCUUUGACUACAGAAGAUGUUAGAUUCCAAAAGAAAGCAUUGCGUAUUACACAAUAUCUUCUACAGGAAAAUGCAGCGGACUGUAAUGUAGCUAUAGAGCUUGGGUUUCCUCGUUUAUUUAUACAUUUAUCUUCCAGUGAAGAUGCAGAUGUACGCCAAGAAGCACUUCAAAAUCUUUUUCAACUCACUCGUAGUGCCAAGGUAGACAUUGCUGGUUUCACAGACAAGGAAGGAAAUUUAAGGAAAGUUCUUCAGGAACGCAUCGAUGCUAUCCAACAGAUGUCAUCUGAUGAUUUAGGGGCAGCUAAGGAAGAAAGGCUGUUGGUUGAUUCUCUUUGGCAAGUCUUUUACAACGAGCCUUCAUGUCUCCGAGCAAAUGGUUUGCUUGUUCUUCCAGGGGAGGAUGCGCCUCCUCCGGAUGUUGCAAGUAAAAUUUUCGAGCCUCCCCUUCGUGCAUGGGCAGCUCCCCGAAACGAUUCAACAGGUUCUGGAACAACUAAUAAAAAAGAAAGUCCUAUUCUUCUCCUUGCUGCAGGUGCAGCUAGCCAAAGCGAGAACUCUGAAAGUAAUACAAGUAGAAACUUUGCAGGUAACGGUGGUGGUGAAGAAGGGGUGCUUCCAGGUACAAAUUCCAGCAGCAGCUAGAGCAUUCUAAAAAUAGUUAUAGCAGGCGGUAGAAUGAAGAAUCAACUUGUAUGAUAUUUCUCUGUGCAAUUUUUUUUCCCGGAAAUUGUUAUGUUGCGAGUAAACAUUUUGAGCCUACCCUUAGAACAUGGGCUUCUCCUCGAAAUGAUUCAACAGGCUCUGGAACGGCUGAAAAAGGGAAUCCUUUUAUAAUGCUUGUUUCUGGCGCAGCUACCUCAAAUGGAAAAUCUGAAAGUAAUAGUAGAGACUCUGCAGGUAACAAUGGCGGUGACAAAGUGAUGCUUAUAGAUACAGAUUCUGAAAAUGGGAAUAUAUCCUCAUCAUUUUGACACAUGCAGUUGUUUGAUGCCGAUCUUAACAAUUUAAGCUUUAAUGUUUUUUUGGGUGUUAUAUUAGUUUUAAUUUCUGACAGGAGAUUACUUUAAUUUAGUCACCUAAUAUUUCUGUUUGCA